AGAAUUAAAAGUCUUUAAUGAGAGUCGAAUGAAACUCGGAUUUGGAGGGAGAAGGAAGGGGGAAAAAGACCUGGAUCCCAGGGGCAGCAGGAGAAGCACCUGUGCGUCCUCCCCUCCCCCGGCUCUUUCCCUUCUCCGUUCCCCCCCUUCCCCGCCCCCAGCUCGCCCCCGCCCCCCAAAGCCGGUGCAGCAGUGGGUCCAGCACGCGCCCCACUUGUUCCCUUGCGCAGCCUGUCAGCCUUAGCCCAGAGGGAAGGAGCUAGGCUUGGGGGGGUAUACGGGGGGAAGUGGGGGGGGAUGUAAAGGUCGUGCGGCUGUGGGUGAUUUAGUAGCAGGGUCUGUAGUACAGGCUGUCCCCAGCAGCGGAGUCAGCGCGCCCCACGUGACGGCUCCGUCUUCAGGCUUUGGCUCUUCGGUGAGCUCCACAAACAGACGCACAUACACACACGCACACACACAUACACACACACACUCUCUCUCCCUCUCUCUCUGCUCUCCAUCCAGUCUCUCAUUUCUCUCCCUUCCUUAUUUCUUCCCCUCCUCUCGAUCCCUCUGAAUACACACACACACACACACACACACACACACACACACACAGACACACACACGCACACACAGACACACACACACAGACACAUACCCACCCGUACCGGCAGCAGCGGCGGCGGCAGCAGCCCGGCAGCUGAAGUCAGGGCAAACCUCUAGGUUCAGUCUUUAGUAACAGCAGCAUCAGUAAUAAUCCCAGCAAAGGAGAAGAGUUGAGGUUCCUUUUGCCUUUCUUUUCUUUUCUUUUUUUGGGGAGAUUUUUUUUUCUUGUUGUGUUGUUUUUUUUUUCCUCCCCAUUUUGUUUGCAUCCAGAGGAUGGCAGGCUGCGGGCUAUCGGAAGAUGCCUUCUUCUCUUCUUUCUUUUACAACUACAGCUCCUCCUGGGAAACCUCCUACAACCAGAUGGUCACAUCUUUAGAUCCUGAAGGGAGAGAAGCAACACGUUCUCUCAGGAGUCCAAAUGCAGCAGCAGAUUUUGCCUCCAAGCAAUGUGCUGCUCUCGUUGGUGAAGACCAGCCUCUUUGCCCAGAUCUCCCAGAACUUGACCUCUCUGAACUAGACGUGAAUGACUUGGAUGCCGACGGCUUCCUAGGUGGACUCAAGUGGUGUAGCGACCAAUCAGAAAUCAUUUCUAAUCAGUACAGCAAUGAAUCUUCAAAUAUAUUUGAGAAGAUAGAUGAAGAGAAUGAGGCAAACUUGCUAGCAGUUCUCACAGAAACAUUGGACAGUCUCCCUGUGGAUGAGGAUGGAUUGCCCUCAUUUGAUGCACUGACAGAUGGAGAUGUGACCAAUGACAAUGAUGCUAGCCCUUCGCCUAUGCCCGACGGCACCCCUCCAACUCAGGAGGCAGAAGAGCCGUCUCUACUUAAGAAGCUCUUACUGGCUCCAGCCAACACUCAGCUAAGUUAUAAUGAAUGCAGUGGUCUCAGUACUCAGAACCAUGCAAAUACUAAUCAUAGGAUCAGAACAAACCCUGCGGUUGUUAAGACCGAGAAUUCAUGGAGCAAUAAAGCAAAGAGCAUUUGUCAACAGCAAAAGCCACAAAGGCGUCCCUGCUCGGAGCUCCUCAAGUAUCUGACUACAAAUGAUGACCCUCCUCAGACCAAACCAACAGAGAGCAGGAACGGCAGCAAAGACAAAUGCCCUUCCAAAAAGAAGCCCCAUCUCCAGUCUCAGCCGCACCAUUUGCAAGCCAAACCAACAAGUUUAUCACUUCCUUUGACACCCGAGUCACCAAAUGAUCCCAAGGGUUCCCCAUUUGAGAACAAGACUAUUGAAAGAACCUUAAGUGUGGAACUCUCUGGAACUGCAGGCCUAACUCCACCUACGACUCCUCCUCAUAAAGCUAAUCAAGAUAAUCCUUUUAGGACUUCUCCAAAGCCGAAGUCAUCAUGUAAAAGCAGUGUGCCACCUUCCAAGAAACCCCGCUAUAGCGAAUCUUCUGGUACCCAAGUAAAUACUCCCACUAAGAAAGGUCCAGAACAAUCGGAGCUGUACGCCCAGCUCAGCAAGACUUCAGGGCUAUCCAGCGGACAGGAGGAGAGAAAGACAAAACGGCCUAGUUUACGGCUAUUUGGAGACCAUGACUACUGUCAGUCGAUUAAUGCAAAAACUGAAAUCCGCAUUAAUUUAUCACAGGAGCUCCAGGUCUCUAGACAACUAGAAUAUAAAGAUGCCUCCCCUGGAUGUCAGGGGCCGACUCGUUCUUCCACAGACCCAGACCAGUGCUACACAAGAGAGACUUUUCAGGCAAGCAAGCAGGGUUCCCCAUGCGGCCACAGAAAACAGCUCCAAGACCAGGAAAUCCGGGCUGAGCUGAACAAGCACUUUGGUCAUCCCAGUCAAGCUGUUUUUGAUGACGAAGCAGACAAGACCAGUGAACUGAGGAACAGUGAUUUUAGUAACGAACAAUUCUCCAAACUACCUAUGUUUAUAAAUUCAGGACUAGCCAUGGAUGGUCUGUUUGAUGACAGCGAAGAUGAAAGUGAUAAACUGAGCUACCCUUGGGAUGGGACACAAUCCUAUUCAUUGUUCGACGUGUCACCUUCUUGCUCUUCUUUUAAUUCUCCAUGUCGAGAUUCAGUGUCUCCACCCAAAUCCUUAUUUUCUCAAAGAUCCCAAAGGAUACACUCUAGAUCACGGUCCUUUUCUCGACACAGGUCAUGUUCCCGAUCUCCAUAUUCCAGGUCAAGAUCAAGGUCACCAGGCAGCAGAUCUUCCUCAAGAUCUUGUUACUACUAUGAGUCCAGCCAUUGCAGACAUCGGGGACACCACAGUUCUCCCUUAUAUGCAAGGUCACGCUCCAGAUCGCCCUACAGCCGAAGGCCCAGGUAUGACAGCUACGAAGAAUAUCAGCAUGAAAAGCUGAAGAGGGAAGAAUACCGCAAAGAAUAUGAGAAGCGAGAGUCUGAAAGGGCCAAGCAAAGGGAGAGACAAAGGCAGAAGGCAAUUGAAGAGCGUCGUGUGAUUUAUGUUGGUAAAAUCAGACCUGACAUCACCCGGACAGAACUGAGGGACCGAUUUGAAGUUUUUGGUGAAAUUGAGGAGUGCACAGUAAAUCUGCGGGAUGAUGGAGAUAGCUAUGGUUUCAUCACCUACCGCUAUACUUGUGAUGCUUUUGCUGCUCUUGAAAAUGGAUACACUUUGCGCAGGUCGAAUGAACCUGACUUUGAGCUGUACUUUUGUGGACGCAAGCAAUAUUUCAAGUCUAACUAUGCAGACCUAGAUUCACACUCAGAUGAUUUUGAUCCUGCUUCUACCAAGAGCAAGUAUGACUCUCUGGAUUUUGAUAGUUUACUGAAAGAGGCCCAGAGAAGCCUACGCAGGUAACAAGCCCACAGGCCGAGGAGAAUGGAGGGAUGGUGAAUACCUCACAGGACAUCACGUCCUUCACUAUGGACUCUUGAAAGUCAUACUUGGGAAUUGAUCCUACUUUAACACUCUCUGUACAAAAAUUUUAAAAAAAGGUUUACAUGAACACGGCUGCUGACAAGGGAAGAGGCCAAAGGGACAUCCAGUAAGCACAUGUUUAUCCGUGGGGGUCAGCUUUGCUCUCCCGGAAUGACAGCGGUGGUGGGGGUGGUGGCAUUGUGCGUGUGCGCCCAAGCACGCGUGACCACGUGCUUGUGGAUGUGCGUGUGUGUCUUUGUGUUUGGGGGGUGAGGGUACGAGCGAUGACCGGCAAGAGUGCAAAUGCAAACCACUUGAAGUGACAGCAGUUCCAUAGAGAGACACUUAAAACCUAGAACUUCAAAAUGUCCAUGCUAUAUCUAAAAAGGAAAAAAAAAGAAAAAAGCAAACCAACCGAAGAUCACCCUAUACUGACCAUGGGUGAUGCCUGGGCUGCAGCUGCUGAGUUCUUGAUUUUUAGAAAGAGAAAACACAAGCAAAUACAACCUUCUCUGGUAUUGUAAUGAAGAUGUGACAAUCCUGAGGAAGCAAGAGGUCCUACAGACCUAAUGUCCUCUCUCUCUCUCUCUCUCUCUCUCUCUCUCUCUCUCUCUCUCUCUCUCUCUCUCUCUCUCUCUCUCUCUCUCUCUCUCUCUCUCUCUCCCUCUUUCCCCUCUCCCCAUCUCCCUCUUUUCUCCCUCCCCAUCUCUGUGUCUGUCUCCCUCCUUCUCUCUCUUCCUUUUCUCUGUGUCUCUCUUGCUCUGUCUCUCUCCCCUCCAUUUCUCUCUGUGUCUCUCCCUCUCCCUUUAUGUCUGUCUCUUUCUCCCUUUCUCACUCUCUCUCCCUCCUUUUGUCCCUGUCUCUAUCUGCCCCCUCCCCUUAUCUCCCCCCUUUCUCUGUCUGUCUAUAUCUCUCUGUCUGUCUGUCUGUCUCUCUCUUUCUCUCCUCUCUCUCUUCUUUUUCUUCUUGUCAACCUUGGAGCCUGGAUGGAAACAUAAACAGCGGGCACCGGAAUCCUAAACCUCUUAACAUUUUGAAGUUUCUGUAGUUCAUCCUUUAUCCCGACACCCGUGUAAAUGUCCCACAUGUUGGUCUUCCACAGCAGAUUCUAAAAGCCUUGUCAAUGGUCACACGUGCAACUUGUUCAGCAGUCCUUUCUGAUGAGCGGACACGAUGUUACUUUAUGAAGGAGAGUUGGGUAGAACUAUCUGGGAUGUGUUUAGAUAGUGAGUGUAUUUACUACAUUCUCCAAUGUAGUUAAGUAUUUACAGAUGUUCAAUGGAGUAUUUUUAUUUUGUGUAUAUACUCUAUGACGAUGUUCUUUUUUUGUUACAGCUAUGCACUGUAAAUGCAGCCUUCUUUUCAAAACUGCUCAAUUUUUCUUAAUCAAGAAUAUUCAAAUGUAAUUAGGAGGUGAAACAAUUAUUGUACACUAACAUAUUUAGAAAGCUGAACUUAUGCUUAUAUAUAUUUGAUUGUAAAAAAAAAAGACAGUGUGUGUGUUUGUUGAGUGCAAAACAAAAAAGAAAAAAAACACAAACCGUUGCUUUAUGCACAUUCAUCCCUUCUUCGGUGAGCUUUGAUCUAAGCUUGUUGUCAAGGAAAAUCCUAGCCCCCAAAAGGUAUUCACCACUUCUGUGAUAUUUUUCCACAUUUUCUUGUUGCUUGUUUUUCUUUGAAGUUUUAUACACUGGAUUUGUUAGGGGGAUGAAAUUUUCUCAUCUAAAAAUUUUUCUAGAAGAGAUCAUGAUUUUAUGUAAAGUCUCUCAAUGGAUAAUCAUUAAGAAAUGUUUUUAUUUUCUGUAUCAACAGUAGUUUUGAAACUAGAGGUCAAAGAUCUUUUUAAAAUGCUCUUUUGUUUUAUUUUUCGUGAUUUUAAUUUGAUACAAAAUGCUGAGGUAAUAAUUAUAGUAUGAUUUUUACAAUAAUUACUAUGUGUGUAUGAAAUCUAUCUUUGAAGCCAGUAUCUCUCUUCAUUGGCAGAGUUCAAGAAUGGUAUUUAUCUAUAUUUUUUACAGUUAUGCAUCCUGUAUAAAUACUGAUAUUUCAUUCCUUUGUUUACUAAAGAGACAUAUUUAUCAGUUGCAGAUAGCAUAUUUAUUAUAAAUUAUGAGGUGGCAAAAAUAAGAAAGCCAGUGGAAAUGUUAUACCCAGGAUGCAUGACAAUUGUCAGGUGGGAAUUUUAAGCACUUCAUUUGGGAAAUUCAGCUUUUACAGAAGCAAUGUUUCUGCUUGCACUAGCAUGGCCUCCUAAUGUGACCGUGACAUUGUUCUUGAUAACAUUGCUUCUCCUAAAUUUAAUGGAAACUUCCUAAAACCUCCAUCUUGAGCAUCCGGAUUUCAUCUUGAGUGGGGAGUCCCUGGAGCUGAAUCAGUAAAGUCUGGAGAAUGUAUUCAAGAUUAUAAAUUGAUAUUUGAUUGCUGUUUGGCAUUCAUGAUUUCGUUUUAAAGAGACAGUAUACCUACCUAUUUAAUCUUUCUGUUCUCUCCCCCUCCCCCAGUGCAAUCUUCUAAAACUGAUUUCACCCCCAGGCUAAUGCAGCUGAUUUUGAUAGCUGCAUUCAUUUAUCACCAGCAGAUUGUGUUCUGAGAGAUUCCACUGUCUGUCCUGUCGGUUGCUUGCUUGACCUUUUGGCUUCUUAUUUCUAAGUAGAUAGAGAGCAAUAAAAAAAAUUAAAAAAUAAAAAAAAAUAAAAACCUGUUCACUGGUUCUGCGUUACAACAGUAACACCUUUAAUCCGCCUAAUUCUUAUUGUUCUGUAGGUUAAAAUGCAGGUAUUUUAACUCUGUGUGAACGCCAAACUAAAGUUUACAGUUUUUCUUUUAGAAUUUUGAGUAUCUUCUGUUGUAGAAUAAUAAUAAAAAGACUAUUAAAAGCAAUAAAUUAUUUUUAAGAAAUCAAUAUUUAGUAUAUCAUAUUAUGUGUUCAAGGACCACCAGAUGCAUUACCUAUUUUGCCUUUAAAUUUUUGUGAUCCAGUUUUAAAUACAUUUUCUCUUUUGCCCUGAAUUGCUGACAUAAAUAUUUUUUUUAAAUUUAUUAAAGGAUAGCAACACGGACUUUAUGUCAUGGUUUAAUUUUUUUUCUCACUGGCCUGAUGAAUAUUCUUUCCAUGAAGAUAGCUUUCCUCCAUGGACUUCAAAUUGCCUAUAAAAUUAGUGCAAAGAAAGGAUCACUAAACCAUCCGAAUAGUUCUUUUAUAUCUUAAGCAGACACUGUGGGUAGCCCAUCAACAAUGUAAACUAUGUUCCCUUUAUUUUUAAGAGAACAUUUCCAAUGAACACAUGUACCACAUCAUUACUGGAGGCCCAUUUCAGCAUAGAUCUGUAUGUCUUUUAGAUGAACGGUGUGCUGUUGCUUUCAUGCUGUGGUAAGUAUCACAUCUGCAAUAUUGGUAACUAAACUGGUGCUUUAUACAUGUGGGCCUUUUAAAGAGACAAAGCAGAGUAAUUUCCACCUACCACAAACUGAUUGAGACUCCAAACUAAGACAUCUUGGAAUUAAGGGGUUGCAUGUGGGGUGGGGGGACCCAUCUGGGCUAAAGGACGGAGAACGAGUUGGGCUUUCGUCACCCAAAACAGCAUGGUGAGGAGGGUCUGCUCAAUUGGGGCAUGAUGGUUGCAUCAGUUGGAAAAAUUAAAAAAAAAAAAGGAAACCUUUUAAUGCCUUUAGGUGUAAGCUUACAGUAGGUAAUGAUUUUGUGUCCUUUGUGAUGGCUGUAAUGAGAACUUCAAUCACUGUAGUCUAAGACCUGAUCUAUAAAUGACCUAGAAUAGCCAUGUAAUAUAAUGUGAUGAUUCUAAAUUUGUACCUCUGUGACAGACAUUUUCAAUAAUGUGAACCACUGAUUGGAUGGAGCUACUUAAAGAUUUGUAGGUGAAAGUGUUAUACUGUUGGUUGAACUAUGCUGAACGGGGAAAGUGAACUAUUAGUUUAGCCCUCAAUGGGCUGUUUUCCACCUGCCAAUUCUACAUGUACUGUUGUGGUUUUAUUCAUUGUAUGGAAAUUCCUGUGAUUUUUUUUAAUGUGCAGUACACAUCAGCCUCACUGAGUUAAUAAAGGGAAACGAAUGUUUCAAAUCCA